UGGAACUGACUUCCGCAAUCCUAAUGGAAUAAAUCCAGCACCCCUAGUCAUCCGCCCACAUUAUCCACACUUCCCCGUCGAAAGGAGCCCGGAGCACAGAACCCCAUCAGCAGGCUGUGAACCCCUUGGCACACAGAAGAACUUCCCCUAAUUAUCCCCUUUCCCAGGAUGUGGGGACUCAAGAUUCUACUGCUGCUGCCCACAGCGACCUUUGCUCUAUAUCCUGAGGCGAUACUGGACACACAAUGGGAGCUAUGGAAAAAGACCUAUGGGAAGCAGUAUAACAACAAGGUGGAUGAAAUCUCCCGGCGUUUAAUAUGGGAAAAAAAUUUGAAGCAUAUUUCCAUCCAUAAUCUUGAGGCCUCUCUUGGUGUCCACACAUAUGAACUGGCCAUGAACCACUUGGGGGACAUGACCAGUGAAGAGGUGGUUCAGAAGAUGACUGGACUCAAAGUACCCCCUUCUCGUUCCCGCAGCAAUGACACCCUCUAUAUCCCAGACUGGGAGAGCAGAGCCCCAGACUCCAUUGAUUAUCGAAAGAAAGGAUAUGUUACUCCUGUCAAAAACCAGGGUCAGUGUGGUUCCUGUUGGGCUUUUAGCUCUGUGGGUGCCCUGGAGGGCCAGCUCAAGAAGAAAACCGGCAAACUCUUAAAUCUGAGUCCCCAGAACCUUGUGGAUUGUGUUUCUGAGAAUGAUGGCUGCGGAGGGGGCUACAUGACCAAUGCCUUCCAGUAUGUGCAGAAAAACAGGGGCAUUGACUCUGAAGAUGCCUACCCGUAUGUGGGACAGGAUGAAAGUUGUAUGUACAACCCAACAGGCAAGGCAGCUAAGUGCAGAGGGUAUAGAGAGAUCCCUGAGGGGAACGAGAAAGCCCUGAAGAGGGCAGUGGCCCGAGUGGGACCCAUCUCUGUGGCCAUUGAUGCAAGCCUGACCUCCUUCCAGUUUUACAGCAAAGGUGUGUACUACGAUGAAAACUGUAAUAGCGAUAAUCUGAACCAUGCGGUUUUGGCAGUGGGAUAUGGGAUCCAGAAAGGAAACAAGCACUGGAUAAUUAAAAACAGCUGGGGAGAAAACUGGGGAAACAAAGGCUAUAUCCUCAUGGCUCGGAAUAAGAACAACGCUUGUGGCAUUGCCAACCUGGCCAGUUUCCCCAAGAUGUGACUUCAGCCAGCCAACCUCAUCCUGCUUUUCCAUUCCUUCUACGAUGGUGCAACAUACUGAUGUACUUUGGAAGGGAGUUGGUGUGCCUGUCUUGAAGUAGAUGUAGCAAUAUAGAAAUUGUCCAAUCAGUU